UGGAUAAAAAUUAUUUUAAGUGCUUUUUAAGAGAGCAAUAUGUACCAGCAACAUUUAGAUUGCCAGCAUCUAUAUGCAUGCUGGGAACGGCUGUUGGGUAUAAAACGUAACCAACGAAUAACAUCUUGAUGUAUCCACUGAGGAGGCCUACAUGGCGAAAUGCAUAUGGAUAAAAUUAAUAAAAUGAUGAUUGUUCCUUUCUACUUGUUUGUCUUGGUUUGGCUCAUUGAAUCCUCGAAGUCGGAAAUAGAAAGAGUAUAAUUUUUACUUGUUUUUAACUAAAAAUUUUUUAUUUUUAGUGUGUUAAUUCUGGCUGUCUUGGAUUGAAGUACUGUUGCAGGGACAGAUGUCCGUGUUUUUAAGAUGAAAUCUUUUUAAAUAGCUAUUGAAAUUACCAUGUCCAGUAAUUAACUAGGUCAUGGAGAAUGUUGGUUUGAAGUGUUUCCAUUUAAGUCUUUCGUUAAUGCUUGGGAUAAAGGUGUGCGUUAAUCUGCCUGUAGAUCUGUUAUCCGAUUCUUCUUGCCAUUGACCAAGAGCGAAUUCCCAAGUCCAUUGCCUGAUUUUCGAAGCAGGAAUUUUGUUGUAGCAAGGAGUAAGGCUGGAAGCAGCGGCCUGUUUGACCAACUGAUCAGCUGCCUCAUUUCCAGGUACACCAGUGUGUCCGCGUAUUCACCUAAAAGAAAUCACAUGCUUGUGGCUAUGGGUGCUAAGAUAAUGAUGGAUUUGCAGGAUAUUGUCACCUUUAUUAUGGGGACUGAAGAUGGAAUGGAGGGCUGUUGUACUAUCAGUGUAAAUGGUGAUAGUUUUGUUGCGAGGGAACCAUUCAGAAUAGAUAUUAUACAUCGCCUUGGGAAUGGCCAGGAUUUCUGCCUGCGGCACACUGCAGUGUGGACCCAGCUUGCCCCUCGAUGUGGGUUCCUGUCCGUGGUGAGGGGACUUCCCAGAGAUGGUUUAGAAACUCCUUUUUACCAUUCCUGGGAUCUGAACGCCCACCCACGUGUUUGCCGUGCGUGGUGUCCCGUAUGCCGGAAAGGGGGAUCCUGGUAGUUGAGGGGCAACAUAACAUUUCCAACACACUGCUUUGGCCCCUGCUUUGGAUAAACGGGAGGCUGAAAUCAGGCUUCGUUUGAGUCAAUCGGCUGGUCGUUGAGUCAUUCGUGACUUCGGCUUGGAGUCAACUGAUCGAUGCAGACCGGGCAGACAUGUCAUACAAGAUGUGCUUUUCUUGACUGCAUUGUGAGGGUAUAGCUCCUGGGAAACCCUGGUGUGACGGUCUAUGGGAAUCUCCCAUGUGAUGGCAUCUUCUUGUAGGCCCCGUGGUGGGUGGGGUCACUAGGAACUGAAUAUUGAAAUUUACAAUAUGGAUUCAAAAACCACCAAACAUCAAUGUACAGAUAUAAUACCAUUAAAGGAUGAAAGUUUAUCCAACCAGCCAACUUACUUUAUAGCUUAUGCUAUCAAUGAAACACCUCUGUCUGAACGUUCCCCUUUCCUAAUACAAAAAUUGUUCCAGUCCACCAUCGGAAAUUUGAAAAAAAUUCAAAAGUUGAGGUCAGGAGACCUGCUUUUACAAACAACCUCACCCCAACAAUCGGCAAAACUUUUGUCAACAAAGACCUUGGGAGAUAUAGAAGUCACUAUCACACCACACAUGAGUUUAAACUCAUCACGUGGUGUGAUAUCUGAAGCAGAUUUGAUGUCUGAAAGUGAAUCAGAUAUCCAGAUGGAUUUUUCAGACCAAGGUGUCACUGCAGUCAGACGCAUCUCUAUCAGGCGCGAUGGCAAGUUGAUACCUACAAAACAUCUUAUAAUCACGUUCAACAAGCCAACAUUGCCAUCUUCUGUUGCAGCAGGAUAUCUCCGUUGUCAAGUUCGCCCAUACAUUCCAAAUCCGCCGCGUUGCUAUAAAUGCCAGCGGUUUGGACACUCACAAACAUCCUGCCGUGGGAAAAGUGCAUGCGCCCAGUGUGGAAAAGAAGAUCAUGAGAGUACUGAAUGUACAAAUACUCCAUGCUGCGUCAACUGCAAAGAAGCUCACCCUGCCUACUCCCGAAAAUGUCCUACAUGGCAAAGAGAAAAAGAGAUACAGCGGGUGAAGACUAUAAAUAAUAUACCUUACCCAGAGGCACAUCGCAUGGUCACUUUAAGUGCACAAAUGAGACAGAAGACAUUUGCUGCUGUUUUGAAAUCCACAAAGACAUGUGGAGUUCAGACAGACAUUUCUGUUUCACCAAAUGAAUCGCUAACACGCCAUGCAAAAUGUUUGUUGAUACAAUCUACCCAAACAGCAGAAAAGGAGAACAAGAAAAGCAAAACAUCUCUACCGAAAACAGGAGUAACAACCAGGAAUGUGUGUUCUAAAAAAGCUAGUAAGAACCCACUAAACAAACAGAGAGUGAAAGCAGCUCUCUCUAAACCUAAAAAUUCAGAGGCUCAGUCUAUGAGUGAGUUCUCUGACUUCUCUGAUGAAGAGAAGAAUAACGGGGUGACACCACCAACUUCACCUCCAAAAGGCAAAUCAGCUGUGAAAUUAAAGAGAGAUAACCUUGUUAAAAAUGCUGCCUCAAACACAUAA